GUCAAAUAAACGCUGUCCAACUGUCAAGGAUACACCCCAAAAUAGUUUGUGCUAAAAAGUUUGUUUUCUUUUUUUAUCUCGUGAACUCAGUGGAUCAAAAUUGGUGCAUAAAGGAGGAAUUUUGAGGUAUAAAUGUUACCAAAAACAACGAGAAUGCCAGUGUUGAAGGAUUCCCACAUUGUGAAAAUUGCGGUGGAGUUGGAGAAUCAGCAGCAGAAUGCCCAAUUGAUUGAAUUUGACCAACGCCAUCCUCUCACCAGUAUUAUUCAAGAUCUCUGCAGCAAUUGGAAUAUCCUGGAUGCUGAGAACUAUGCCCUGCAAUUCUGUGAGCAAAAUUACAAGAAUUACGUGACUGAGAAGAAUCGGAAUGAAGUGAAAAAUGGUAGUGUACUCCGUUUGAGGUAUUCCCCAUCAAAGACUGCCCAUGACAUUCUUGAGAUUCUCAAGGCUGGGAGUGUCCCAGAGAAGACACAAGUGCUAGAGAAUCUCUCAACACUCAGCAUUGAUCUCACAUUUGCCCUGGAAUUCAUCAAGGAGCAGGGACUUUCGCUCAUUAUCACGAUGAUUGAGGAUGAGAAGAUUGUCGGGGAUAUGCUAAAAUAUGCCCUGUUGUCCUUUGUCGAAUUGAUGGAGCAUGGAACUGUUUCCUGGGACAUUCUCCAGCCAACUUUUAUCACCCGAAACAUCUUCUUUAUCAACAAUCCCGGAGCAGUUCCCAAAGAAGUUGUUCAGUGUGCUCUGUCCAUUCUCGAGAAUAUCGUUCAGAAUUGCACAAAGUCCUCCUGCGUGGAGAAAGACAUCACCCUGGACAAUCUUCUGAAGCUCCUGCAAGACUCCUCAUCCCAGGUCAUUCAGCAGAAUGCAAUAGCUCUCAUCAAUGCGCUCUUCAUCAAAGGCGACGAAGCCAAGAAGAGGAGCAUUGCAGCAACUUUCGCCACCAAACAGUACAGAUCGGUCAUCCUGUCCAAUGUCAUCAACACGAACAUUGGCACAGAGAUGGCCCAUCAACUGUACGUGCUGCAGACACUCACCAUGGGCCUCCUGGAGCAUCGCAUGAACACCAAAAUGAAUGCCCAGGAUCAGGAUGCCCAUGACAAGAUCAAGGAAUUGCGUCGGAUUGCCUUUGACGAUGGCAUUGACUCUCAAGCGGACACGGCAAAGCGACAGAAUCAUCAGUAUUCGACUUACUACAAGAAACUAGGCUUCAAGUCCGACAUCAAUCCGGCACAGGACUUCGUGGAGGCUCCUCCGGGAAUGCUUGCACUGGACUGCAUGGUGUACUUCGCCAGGAAUUUUGCACAGAAUUACAAGAAGGUUGUUCAUGAGAACAGCUGCCGAGCUGAUGAACACGAAUGUCCAUUUGGGAGGACCAGUAUUGAGUUGGUGAAGCUCCUCUGUGAAAUUCUCAAGAUAGGAGAACCUCCGUCUGAACAAUGCCAAGACUUCCAUCCAAUGUUCUUCACGCACGAUCAUCCCUUUGAGGAGUUCUUCUGCAUCUCCAUUGUCGUGCUCAAUAAGACGUGGAAGGAUAUGCGAGCGACCAAUGAGGAUUUUGCCAAAGUGUUUAGCGUUGUGCGUGAACAGAUCACGCGGAGUCUGUCAGGCAGGCCGGGAAAUCUCGAUGAUUUCAGAUCAAAGAUCCACAUUCUGACAUACAGCACAAUAACGCAACUGAGGCAGCAGGAAAGGACUUCCAAGGAGGACAUUGAGAGUACUGCGUCAGCAAUUGUGAAUCUGAAGGAGAAGAUUACGCCGGAGAUCAUGAAGUUAAUUCGGGAGCAACGUUUGGGUUUUUUGGUGGAGGGAACGCGUUUUUCAAAGUACUCUCGUGGAGUUAGGAGCAAGGAUAAAUUCUGGUAUGUCAGAUUGUCGCCCAAUCACAAGGUCAUCCACUAUGGGGAUUGCGAUGAGAAAACUGUGCCAACGUUGGAGGAAUUGAGCAACAAGGUGCUAGUAAUUGACAUUAAGCAACUUCUCGUGGGCAAAGAGUGUCCGCACAUGAAGGAGAUGCGCGGUAGGAAGUCUGCAGUAAAUCUGGGCUUUUCCAUCACCUUUGACAAUAUGGACCAUGCAACGUUGGAUUUUGUUGCGCCGGAUGAAACGACAUUUUACUACUGGACGGAUGGAGUUAAUGCUUUGCUGGGAUUGCCAAUGACCAGUAAACAGAAAGAGGAGGAUCUGAAGACACUGCUCUCCAUGGAAAUCAAACUGAGACUCCUGGACACUGAAGGUGUGGAUAUUUCCAAGGAACCACCGCCCAUUCCCGACGACCCAGAAAACUAUGAUUUUUGCUUUGAAAAUUAAAGGCGCCAAAUUCCACAAAAAAAAAAAAUAAAAUAAAUCGAUAUUCAGUAUAGUGAAUGCCAAAGUAAGUUAAAAAAAAAUAUGCAAUUUUAAAAUUCUUUUUUUUUUCUACGAUAUUCUUACGUUUUUUUCACUUUAUAUUAUACACGAAAAUGUAUAUGAUCUUUUUUUAAAAAAUAAACUUCUAUAUAGCAAAAA